AUGUCCAAGUCUAAGGCUACCACCAAGGCCACCAAGGCUACCGACAAAGUCUUGUCCAAGGUCAAGGACGCUGGCGUCGCCAAGUCCUCUCAGUCUCCUAAGGCUAAGAGCAAGGAUAUUGCUCGCAAGGUGAAGGAAAAGGAAGAGAAGACUUCUCGCAAGAAGAAGGAGUCCACUCCAAGCUCUAGCUCUGAAUCCGAAGAUUCCGACAAAGAGGAGGAGGAAUCUUCAAGCGAAAGCGAAAGCGAAGCCGAGCCUGCCACCAAGAAGGCCGAGUCUGAGUCUGAAUCCGAAUCUGACGAAUCCGAGUCCGACUCCGAAGAGGAGACCAAGACUAAGAAGCCUGAGAUCAAGAAGGCCGAGACUAAGAAGGCUGAGCCAAAGAAGGAGACCAAGAAGGCUGAGUCUGAGUCUGAAGAGGAAUCCGGAUCCGGAUCCGAGGAGUCUGAAUCUGAGUCUGAAGAGGAAACUAAGAAACCUGAAACUAAGAAGGCUACCAAGAAGGAUGAGUCUAGUGAUGAAUCUGGUUCCGAGAGCGGUGAUGAGGGAUCUGACUCUGAUUCUUCCGAGUCUGAGGAAGAAAGCGAGGAUAGCAAGCCCGUCUCCAAGAAGCGCAAGGCUGAAGAGGAGGAGACUUCUACAACCAAGAAGGCUAAGACCCAGGACGCCGACAACUCUCCCAAUCUGUUCGUUGGUAACCUUUCCUGGAACGUUGAUGAGGAGUGGCUCCGCCGUGAGUUCGAAGAAUUCGGUGAACUCGCUGGUGUUCGGAUCAUGACCGAACGUGAUACCGGCCGUUCUCGAGGAUUUGGUUACGUCGAAUAUGCCGACGCUGCUGGUGCCAAGGCAGCUUAUGAGGCGAAGACGGGUGCCGAGCUUGACGGCCGUGUCAUCAACCUCGACUAUGCCAAGCCCCGUGACAACUCCCAGCAGAAUUCUCGUGACAAGGCUCAGUCUCGUGCUCGCUCUUUCGGAGAUCAGACCAGCCCUGAGAGCUCUACCCUCUUUGUUGGUAAUCUUGCCUUCAGCGCCAAUGAAGAUACUAUCCGUGAGGCCUUCGAAGCGCAUGGAAGCAUUCUUGGUAUUCGCCUGCCUACCGACCCUGAGUCUGGCCGUCCUAAGGGCUACGGAUACGUCGAGUUCUCCUCCAUCGAUGAGGCCCGCCAAGCUUUGAAGGAGCUCCAUGGUGCGGAUGUCGAGGGACGUUCUCUCCGCCUAGACUACAGCACUCCCCGUUCUCAGGGCGAUGGCAACCGCGGCGGUGGCCGUGGACGUGGUGGCUUUGGUGGCCGAGGUGGUAGUGGUGGCUUUGGAGGUCGUGGUGGUGGUGGUGGUCGUGGAGGACGUGGUGGCUUCGGCGGCCGCGGCCGUGGUACUGGCGCCAACAGCACCAACAGGGGUGGCUUUGGCGACUACUCAGGCAAGAAGACUACCUUUAACUAA